UGUACCUACUGUUAAUAUAUACAUAAAGAACCAAACAUAAUUGUUAUUAUUGAACUCUCUCCCUCUCCCUCUCUCUGGAUGUGGGUAUUGUGGGUAUGAGCUUUGUGAGGGUGAAAAUGGGCAGAAAGUGUUCACAUUGUGGAAACAUAGGGCACAACUCACGGUCUUGCACCACAUACAGAGGUACAGUUGUUGAUGGACUAAGGUUCUUUGGGGUUCAAUUUGACAUACCCUCUUCUUCAUCACCAUCUUCAUCAUCAUCUUCUAUUGCCAAGAUCAAGAAGAGUUUCAGCAUGGACUGUAUAUCUUCCUCUCCAGCAGCCUCAUCUUCCUCAUCCCCUUCUUCGUCGCGAGUCUCUUCCAUCAAUGAAAAUUCUGAUAAGACUUAUGUCCAAGGUUAUUUUUCUGAUGGUCUCUCUGGUCAUCAUCCUGAGGAGAGGAAGAAGGGUAUGGAAUUACUUCUGUUUCCAUUGUUUUCUUGUUUUGCAUGUUUGGCUUUCAUGGAAGAUGCUCUCCGCCCAUCUUCCCUCACAUGGGUUUAGUAGAUUUUUGGAA